UUGCGAAACGCGAUACCAAGAUGGCGCUUGAAGUAGAGUCUGCCGAUGUGAUCCGACUGAUCCAACAAUUUCUUAAAGAAAACAGUUUACCAAGAACCCUUGCAACUUUGCAGGAAGAAACUGGAAUUACCUUGAAUACUGUUGACAGUGUAGAGAGUUUUGUAGGGGAAAUAAACAAUGGCCACUGGGAUACAGUCCUUCAGGCAAUUCAGCCACUCAAGCUACCUGACAAGAAACUUAUUGACUUGUAUGAACAGAUUGUUUUGGAGCUCAUUGAGUUGCGUGAACUGGGAGCUGCAAGGUCAUUGCUGCGCCAAACAGAUCCCAUGAUCAUGUUGAAGCAACAACAGCCUGAUCGAUAUCUUCAUCUGGAAAACAUGUUGGCUCGUUCUUAUUUUGAUCCUAGAGAGGCAUACCCAGAAGGUGGUAGUAAAGAGCGAAGGAGAGCUGCAAUAGCACAAGCCUUGUCAGGUGAGGUGUCAGUUGUACCACCAUCUCGUUUGUUGGCACUGCUUAGUCAAGCACUUAAAUGGCAGCAGUAUCAAGGUCUUCUUCCACCAGGAACUACUAUUGAUGUUUUUCGUGGAAAAGCUGCUGUGAAAGAUGAAGAGGAGGAAAAAUAUCCCACUCAAAUGAACAGAACCAUCAAGUUUGGGGCCAAAUCACACCCUGAGUGUGUCAAGUUUUCUCCUGAUGGGCAGUACUUGGUGACUGGGAGUGUGGAUGGUUUUAUUGAGGUGUGGAACUUUACAACAGGAAAGAUCAGAAAGGAUCUCAAGUACCAAGCUCAAGAUAACUUCAUGAUGAUGGAUGACUCUGUUUUGUGUUUAUCCUUCAGUCGAGAUAGUGAAAUGUUAGCAUCUGGAGGGCAAGAUGGAAAGCUUAAAGUCUGGAAGUUACAAACUGGUCAGUGCCUGCGACGUUUUGAGAAGGCUCAUGCUAAAGGAGUAACUUGUGUAACAUUUUCUCGUGAUGCGAGUCAGCUGCUGAGUGGUUCUUUUGAUAUGACAAUAAGAAUGCAUGGGUUAAAAUCUGGCAAGACCUUAAAGGAAUUCCGUGGACAUACAUCGUUUGUAAAUGACGCUAUUUUUACAACAGAUGCCCACAACAUCAUCAGUGCCAGUAGCGAUGGAACUGUUAAGCUUUGGAAUAUUAAAACAACCGAGUGUCUUCACACGUUCAAGCCAUCAGUAGGGAGUGUUGCCACUGAUAUCACAGUAAACUCUGUGCAUGUGAUGCCAAGAAAUCCUGAACAGUUUGUGGUGUGCAACAGAACAAGCACUGUACUGGUUAUGAACAUGCAAGGACAGAUUGUGCGUAGUUUCACCAGUGGUAAAAGAGACGGUGGUGACUUUGUGUGUUGCACCCUCUCCCCCAGGGGAGAAUGGAUAUACUGUGUAGGGGAGGAUAUGGUCAUGUACUGUUUUAGUGCCUCUACAGGAAAACUAGAGCAGUCUUUACAGAUUCAUGACAAGGAUGUGAUAGGUGUUGAACAUCACCCUCACAACAAUCUGAUCUCCACCUACAGUGAAGACGGACAAUUAAAACUGUGGCAACCAUGAGAAAUACAUGAAAAAACCUGUGUGUUACUCAGACAUAGAUUCGCCCUCUUAAAACUUACUGCUAACUAAGAAAAAAAAGAACUCAAAAUAAAACAUCUAAGCCAUGGAAGGAUUUGCAAACUUGUUCAUCAGUUUUGUAGGGCUUGAAAUAGAUGGAGGGCGCUUUAUUAAAAAACUUUUCAUUGAAUCUUGAAAUGAAACUGUUCAAUUUAACCAGGCCUAGCUUGUACUCUACUUUUAGUUUUUUUUGUGCCUCUGUGAACUUGACUUUGUGUAUAGAACUUGCAGGUUUUUUUUUUCUUCAAGAAUUAGAGCCUGGAUCAUUCUGACUUGUAUAAAUAAAUUUAUCAAAGGUGUGUUGUUCUGGUAUCCAUCUUGAAUAAUCUUUG